GGCGACCUGGUCUUCGCCAAGAUGAAGGGCUACCCGCACUGGCCGGCGCGGAUUGAUGAACUCCCAGAGGGAGCUGUGAAGCCUCCAGCAAACAAAUAUCCUAUCUUCUUUUUUGGCACCCAUGAAACUGCAUUUCUAGGUCCCAAAGAUCUUUUUCCAUAUAAGGAAUACAAAGACAAGUUUGGAAAGUCAAACAAACGGAAAGGAUUUAACGAAGGAUAGUGGGAAGUAGAAAAUAACCCAGGAGUCAAGUUUACUGGUUACCAGGCAAUUCAGCAGCAGAGCUCUUCAGAAACUGAGGGAGAAGGUGGAAAUACUGCAGAUGCCAGCAGUGAGGAAGAAGGUGACAGAGUAGAAGAAGAUGGAAAAGGCAAAAGAAAGAAUGAAAAAGGAGGCUCAAAACGGAAAAAGUCAUAUACUUCAAAGAAAUCCUCUAAACAAUCCUGGAAAUCUCCAGGCGAUGAAGAUGAUAAAGACUGCAAAGAAGAGGAAAACAAAAGCAGUUCUGAAGGUGGAGAUCCUGGCAACGACACCAGAAACACAGCUUCAGAUCUGCAGAAAACCAGUGAAGGGACCUAACCACCAUAAUGAAUGCUGCAUAUUACAAGAAACCACAAGAAGUUUAAAUGUUUGGUUGUCCAAUAUUCUUGGAUUUGAUAU